UGGACUUUUAACGUUGUUUUAUAGUUAUGUUAGUAUUUUAAUUGUUAGGGUAAAGUAGGGGUGCUUCCACCCCGAGGUAUUUGUAUUUUAAUGAUUUUAAUUGUGGGUCUACCAUGUUUUUAGGUCUAACUUGAGUGUCACACAGCACAGAGGUAUGUAAAACAACCAGCAUUUUAAACCUCUCGUGUCUGACCAAGUAAAUUAACUGUGCUUUGUUUGUUUCCAGGCAAAGCGCUGGCUGCCGUUUAUUUUAUUUUAGUAUUACGUAUUUUAUUUUUAUUGAUUGUAUUGUUUUACUGUUUAGUGUAGGAUUUAAACUGUUUAGAGUUUUAAUACUCUGUCUUCUGCUGUUUCUAGUGCGGCGGUUGGUGGGGCCCUCCAUUCCCCAGUGUGGUUGACGCUGGGAGUUCACUUUAGAUGGUGGUGUGGUUUGUGGUGGCACAUUGUUAAUUGUGUGGUGUUUUAUUUGAAAUGUGUUGAGUUUUGGUUUCUUUGAAUAUGUAGUAUACUCCCAGUGUCCCAGCAGUGAGUGGUUGGUGCCCCAACCGUAGUACGACUGUCUGUCCUCUUCUUCUUCUUUGCUGGUGUUUUUAGAGUUUUAGUCAUAAUCAAAUAAAUGUCAUGCGUAUGACCCACAAUGGCUGUUGUGGCAUCUUUAUUGAAGCCCUUGUGUCUCUCCUGAAAGGCUACAUAUGCUUCAAAAAUCCUUGCUGAACAAAAUGUAUAAAUAUUAUAAACAUUUGUUCGCCACAGAGCUUAUUUUCGACAGUAAUCCAAAGUCCAAUGGAAAAAUCCCAUAGACUUUUUAUCAAGGGAACCAGGGCGAGGCUAACUUCAGCAUCAGCCUACACAAAGCUGCAGUGUGAGAAGGGGCAGAACUGGAAAAACAGGACAGUGUCAACGUCACAUUCCUGAAAUGAAGCUAAAGUACUGCCAGAAAGACAGAAGAGCUGCAGCUGCAACAAGUCUCUGUGUUUCUGUCCUUAGAAAAAUUGGACUAUUCAGAAAGUCUUCGUCAACAACCCGCUAGAAUCUCUGCAAACACUGUGUGUAGCUAUGUCUACUGCCAGCUUUCUGCUAUCCGAAGAUCAGUUUCGGUGCUUCAUCUGUCUGGAUGUCUUUACUGAUCCUGUCAGCACAUCAUGUGGACACAACUUCUGCAAAAACUGCAUCACUCAACACUGGAAUACUAAUGACCAUUACCAGUGUCCCAUGUGCAAAAAGACUUUUACCACAAGACCUGAGCUGCACGUCAACACUCUGUUCUCUGGGAUGGUCACUCAGUUCAGACAGUCAACUCAACAGAAAGCCAGCAGCAGCAGCUCAAAGCAGCAAGUGCCCAAACCAGGAGAAGUUCCCUGUGACAUCUGCACUGGAACCAAACUGAAGGCCCUGAGGUCCUGCCUGGUGUGUCUGGUCUCCUACUGUGAGACUCACCUGGAGCCUCAUCUGAAAAUGUCAGGCCUGAAAAGACAUCCGCUUAUCAACCCUGUGGAGAACCUGGAAGACAGGAUAUGCAAGAAGCACGAUAAACCUCUGGAGCUGUUCUGCAAGACCGACCAGACAUGUGUCUGCAUGCUCUGCCCUGUUUCAGACCACAAGACACAUCAUGUUGUUCCUCUGAGGGACGAAUAUAAAAACCAGAAGGCUGAGCUGGGGAAGACAGAGGCUGAAAUUCAGCAGAUGAUCCAGAAGAGACAACUGAAGAUUCAGGAGAUCAAACACUCAGUUGACCUCAGUGAGAAAGAUGCAGACAGGGUGAAAGCAGAAGGUGUUCAGGUCUUCACUGCUCUGAAGGAGUCUGUUGAGAGAGGCCUGAAUGAGCUCAUCAAAACAACAGAAGAGAAGAAGAGAAUGACACAGAAACAGGCUGAAGGAUUCAUCAAAGAGCUGGAACAGGAAAUCUCUGAGCUGAAGAAAAGAAGCACUGAGGUGAAGCAGCUCUCACACUCUGAAGACCACCUCCAACUGCUCCAGGGUGUCCAGUCCCUGAAAGCUGCUCGACUCUCCAAGGACUGGACAGGGGUCACCGUCUGUCCACCUUUAUAUGAGUCAACUGUGGUGAGAGCUGUGUCUCAGCUGGUGGAGACACUCAAUAAAGAGAUGAAGAGGCUGGUUGCUGAGCCUGAGCUGAAGAGGGUCCAGCAGUAUGCAGUGGAUGUGACUCUUGAUCCUGAAACAGCAAAUCCCUAUCUCAGCCUGUCCCGUGAUGGGAAACAAGUGAAACAUGGUGAUGUGAAGACGAAUCUCCCAGACAACCCAGAGAGAUUUUCCCGUUAUAUUUGUGUCUUAGGAAAGCAGAGUUUCUCUUCAGGCAGAUCUUACUUUGAGGUUCAGGUUAAAGAAAAGACUGAAUGGGCUUUGGGAGUGGCCAGAGAGUCGGUCAACAGGAAGGGAGACGUCCCACUGACUCCCCAGGAUGGUUACUGGACUGUAUGGAUGAUAAAGGGAAAUGAGUACAUCGCUCUCGCUGUUCCUACAGUCCGUCUCUCUCUGAAGUCUCGUCCUCAGAAGGUGGGGGUGUUUGUGGAUUAUGAGGAGGGUGUGGUCUCCUUUUAUGACGUAGAUGCUGCAGCUCUUAUCUACUCCUUUACUGGCUGCUCCUUCACUGGGAAACUCUUCCCAUACUUUGGCCCCUGCGCUAAUAAUGGUGGUAAAAAUUCUGUCUUCCCAUACUUUGGCCCCUGCGCUAAUAAUGGUGGUAAAAAUUCUGCAUCUCUGAUCAUCUUACCUGUCAAUUAAACUGUCUGAUCAUUUUUUUAAGAUCAGCAAUUUAUGAAAUAGUAAAGCAUUGGAAACGAUACAUAAACUCAUUUAAGGUUCUGUAUGUGGCUGUCACAAAAUCCUUUUUUUAGUGACACCUCACUCUGAGGCCGUUGAGUGAACUGCAAUCAGCAUCCUGUUGUCCAUGCUCCAGUGUGCAAACUCUGUAGCCACAAGCCAGCACCUGGGCAUCAGCCAAAACAGUAACAAGCAUGAGACCAACCAUGGUUGACUGUCAUCAUGUUGACAGAAUACUUGAUAAUAAAUUGCAAUCAUAUUCAGAAAAAUGUCAUUAUCAGUUCAGUUGGACCAUUUGCUCCAUGGUACUUAGUCUUAUUUAAUCAGCUGAUGCCACAAUGUACCCUAGAUGGCUAACCAUGGCUGCCCCUGCAUUGCUCUUGACUAACAUAAUCAAGUAUCAUGGAUCACAUUAGUUUGGAAAGUAAUUUGGCAAGCUAGCUAAUAUCCACUCAGAUAGUAUUUUCUAGUGAAAUCAGUAAGUCAGCCAGCAAACAUAGCUAGCUAGCUGUAACUGAUGCUACAAAGCAACCUUUGCAUCUGGUAUACAAUCAAAUGAAAAUUUUGAGCCAUGACUCCUUCUGUUCUGGCUCCCACUAACACAAGAAGACCACUUUUUAAGACUCCUAUGUAGCCUACAGCCCUGUGGCAUGUUGAUUUUUGCCUCCAGCUAACAAGGUGAUGUCAUUGUGAGGGUCUAUAGCCAGGGAACAGUUAGCUGACCUCUCUGCAGUUUAAACAACCAACCCUUUUAUUUCACAGCUUAAGUUUCCAUCUUAUGUACAAAUUCUGGUUGUUUGGCAUGUUAGAGCAUCGCUCUGCCUGCAAAAUUUAGGACACUUUGUCUCGCUCUGGCUGAAUUUGAGUUGCUACAGGGCGCCAGGUGACAGUCAGUCUUCGCCGAGCGGCCACUGCAGAAUGUAGGUAAUUGAAACAGCAUGUGUGGACUCAGUGUUAUAGUGGGUGUCGGCCAUUUGUUUCAGUUCUCGGACGCCAUUUCUUAGCUCAUGUUAGCUGUGUAGAGCUGAAGUGAGAUGUAGCAUGCCGUUGGGUGAAGUUUGCAGAGUGGGCCAUUUGCGGGGGCUGUGUUACUCAAAAAAAUACAACCCUGGUACUCUGGGUGUGUUGGUUGUUGACAUUCUGGGACACCAUGUCAAGUUCUGCCUGUUACAUGCAUUGUCUGUUUUCAAAAUAGACCCGUUUUUACAGGAAACUUACCCUUUCAAAAUAGAAGCACUACCUCGGUACAACACUGCAAAUUGAUGUUGUUUUUUUUCUUCAACAACAAACACACAUGGUUAGGUUUACAAAAAGAAGAACAGGAUUUGGCUUUAAAAUCUUACAUGACACAAACACCGCUCUCUCGGGUGAAAGUUGGACCCAUCCACUACCCCUUCCACCCACCCUAGUCAGACUUUUGCUGCCUUACCUUUUCAUCCUUGUCCCACCGGCGCUGUUAAACUAUAAUUGCAACCAGCCUCGUAUCAUGCUGAGGUUAAAGGACUUGCAAACGUGUAAAGUUAGUUAAAAAACUGACUUUAUUUUAAAGUGAAUUUCUGGCAUACAGCUUUUAUUUUGAAGUGCUGUUUCCUGCUGUAGAGUGAGUAACAGACAGACAGCUACUUGACACAAAUGAGCGUGACCACAUGUCCAAACACAAGUUUGAUGCUGAAUAUAUUAAAAUGUGGACAGUGAACUAAUGGCUAAGCAGAAAUCUGGACCCGGUUACUGGACCAGUUGGGAACCACUAUAAAGGUAUAAAGGGUGGAUUUGUUUUUAAAUGUGAGGCUUGUUAAAGAGAAAAUAUAUUUGUUUACUGGUAUUGGUUGUACUCAUUGAUGUAGUGAUAAUUAAUGUUGCUUUUAGUUUUUAAUUUACAGGUCUAUGGAUGCAGUUGUACUGAUAUUGUAGUCUGCCUUUAUGAAAUCAUACUGACUUGGUGUGGACAUUAUUUUUCUGUGAGUUUAAUUCUGUUGAUCUCUGUAGAUGAUAAUAUGGACAAUGUCUUUAUUCACCUUUUUUAUGGUAACAGACACAUUUUGAUUUAUUUUGAGAGAGACUUGUUUACUCAACUGAAAUUGGGCUUUAUUAUAUUCUUUCACAAUUUAUACUGUUUUAUUUUUUGGCGUUCUUUUCAUUUCUUUUGUUAUUAUUAUUUUUGAUGUUUUAUGUAAAUCACUUUUGAUAGUUGUUUGAAACCAUAAUUACCAGAUAACAUUGAUUUAAAAGGCUUUCUAACAUUAUAGGUUGGUUUAAAUAUGUGAAUGGCUGUUCGGCCUGUGUUUGAAUACUAUAAUAACCAGAUUAUUUUUUUUAGUUUUUUUUUAAGUUUUCCAAACAAGUCUGUGACAGGUUGGUACAUAAGUCCAGCUCUGAGUCCUCAGCCUCGUUCCUAAAGACAGAAAAUGUUGAUAUACAUCAGUGACUAAAACAGAUGCUGUAAAGUGAAUGAAAACAUAUUUUGUAAUGAAUAAAACUGCAGUAAAAUCCUGUGUAGAA